GCACACAAAAGCAGCUUCCUCCACUAUCUGAGGGCAGACAGAGCCUCAGCCAUCAGAAAGGGAAAAGCCAGAGCCGCGGCAGGCCUGGGCUGCGAUGGCGGGGGACACGGAGACUAAAGGGGGACAGGGGUGCCGCUACUAACACACAGCGCUGCCUUCUACAUCUGGGCCGGACAGGUGCCGUGGCUACGUCGCCCUGGUGACCUUCCUUGGAUGUGGACUUGGCCCUGAGCAUCCUUCCGCCAGGCCCCUCGCCUGGGUACCACCGAGAAAUGCCCGCCUUUGUGUCCAAGUGACAGCGUAUAGGCAGUCGCCGCCACCAAGACCAUCUUCUGGGUCACCCAAGCUUCCAGACGGCUUCUCUUUCCAGCUCUCAUGGGGACCACAGAAGCUACACUAAGGAUGGAAAAUGUGGACGUGAGGGAUGAAUGGCAGGAUGAAGAUCUGCCCAGACCACUCCCAGAAGACACUCGGGGGGGAGCGUGCUGAGUGGCCACAGUGGAAAGACUCCUCCUCACCUCCGUCCACCCUGAACUUGACCGGAGCACAUCGAAAGAGAAAGACGCUGGUCGCCCCAGAGAUCAACAUCUCCCUGGACCAAAGCGAGGGCUCUCUGCUGUCCGAUGACUUCCUCGACACACCUGAUGACCUGGACAUCAAUGUGGACGACAUUGAGACGCCAGACGAAACCGACUCUCUGGAGUUCUUGGGGAAUGGCAAUGAGCUCGAGUGGGAAGAUGACACCCCAGUGGCCACCGCCAAAAACAUGCCUGGUGACAGUGCAGACCUGUUUGGGGACGGCUCUGCAGAAGACGGCAGUGCGGCCAAUGGUCGUCUGUGGCGGACUGUCAUCAUCGGGGAACAAGAACAUCGCAUUGAUCUGCAUAUGAUCCGGCCAUACAUGAAGGUGGUCACCCACGGAGGAUACUACGGGGAAGGUCUCAAUGCCAUCAUCGUCUUUGCCGCCUGCUUCCUGCCAGAUAGCAGCUCCCCAGACUAUCACUACAUCAUGGAGAAUCUCUUUCUGUACGUCAUCAGCAGCCUGGAGCUGCUCGUGGCUGAGGAUUACAUGAUCGUGUAUCUGAAUGGCGCCACACCCAGAAGGAGGAUGCCCGGCCUCGGCUGGCUGAAGAAGUGUUACCACAUGAUUGACAGGAGGCUGAGGAAGAAUCUGAAGUCCCUGAUCAUCGUCCACCCCUCGUGGUUCAUCCGCACCGUGCUGGCCAUCUCCCGGCCCUUCAUCAGUGUGAAGUUCAUCAGUAAAAUCCAGUAUGUGCACAGCCUGGAGGAGCUGGAACAGCUCAUCCCCAUGGAACACGUGCAGCUGCCAGACUGUGUCCUGCAAUAUGAAGAACAGAGACUCCGAGCCAAGAGGGAGAGCACACGGCCACCGCAGCCAGAAUUCCUCCUUCCCAGGUCUGAAGAAAAGCCAGAGCCUGUGGAAGAAGAGGACAGGGCAGCAGAGGCGACAGAGGACCAGGAAACUAGCAUGUCCUGAUUUAACCAGAACCUGGAGAUGGAUAGAGAUUAUUCCCGACAUCAUGUGACCCUCAUCAGAAGCUCUGGGAGCCCCGCCUUCAUCGCGCCUCCACUGCCCGAGGACACCUGGCUUCAUCAUGUCCCCCUGCACCCAGUCCUCUCGCUGCCUGAGUACAUUUCACUGUUUUUGUUUGAAGAAGGCGGUACAAGCACAUCUCAGUGUGGAAAAGGUUCUUGACACGUUCACAUUCUGAGCUUGUGGAUGUCAAAGCUGGAUGUCGGCAGUGUCACCAUGGUUACUCCUCCAGGUCUCAGCAUCCCCAAGAUGCCCUUCUUUGUCCCAGCUAGGAUAACACAGAUGUGCAUUUGGGGCUGACUCAGUAAGAGACCCUUUGCUCGGUUGCCACCUGUCCCUAGCUGGAGCCUCAGGUGCCUGGUGGCCCUGGCUGCAGCUACAGCUGCUUCUCUGUGGAAAGUGACCCACUGUCCCCUCUCCCUGUUACCCCAAGCAGGGCUGUGACUGCUGACCUCAUAUCCACCUGACAUGCCCCAUUCACCAUUUGACUGUCUUGGGGGUCUUCUUCAAGCCUAUUGCACACAUAUUGAUCAGCCUGGUGGCUGCCUAACCACCCCCGACAUUUUUGAGCUCCUUUAAAGUAGAUGUAACUCCAGAUGUUAACUGACACCUCAUUCCAAGGGUGGGAGUUGUACCCACUUUCCUGUCCCCUGCCCAGGCCAGACUCAGACUCUUGUGUCACCAAGCAAGAGAUAGUUUCGUGUCUGAGGAGAAGAAAGAUGAAGAUCCAGGGCUGUGGGUUCUAGAAGAUCUGGGGGACCCCCUAGGACAGUAUAUCCCAGUGGGUGGAAUGCUGUGGGGCCUGAUCUCCAAGCUGGGAUCAAAGCACACGUUUGCCUGAGAUGACUAAGUAGUCUAAGCUAAGGUGUGUGAAGAGCCUUCUGUCCCCAGGGACACAUGAGGCCAGAUGACAUUUGCAGGGAGGACUCUCCCUGUGGUUUCCUAAAGACCUGAGUAUCUCUAUGUUAAGAAAUCUUAGCACUAAGCCGUGGUGGCAUAUGCCUUUAAUUUCAGCACUAAUGAGUACAAGGCAGGGGGAUUUCUGUGAGUUCCAAGACAGCAAGGGCUACAUAGUGAGACCCUAUCUAGGAAGAAAAAGAGAGGAAGAGAGGGAAAGAGAGAGGCCUCUGUGCCUCUCCUCCAAAGGUAGGUUCUGUCCACCCCACUGUGAGGGGUCCCCUCUGACAUGUCUCUUGCUCUGCCUCUGAUGGCUGCAGGACAGCAGUGUUCACCGAGAGAAGCAGAGUCCUGACAACAGCAUCCAUGGCUCUGAGCUCUGCUGGAAACACAGUCUGUGGCCCUGGGAGGGGACCUGAGAGCACUGUUCCUAGGUGUGGAACAGUGAUUUGUGUUUUGUUUUGAGACAGGAUCUUGCUAUGAAGAUGAGUCUGGUAUCAGACUCCUGAUCCUCCUGCCUCAGCCUCCUGAGAGCUGAGAUGCAGGUGUGUGACCCCCAGUCUGGGCUAGUGCUUUGUAAGUUGUGUUUAUCCAAUGUCAGGAGAUGGGAUCCAAGAUGGUGCCCUGGGGCCAGGUCCACAGAUGGUCCCCAUUGGAAACAAUCCUGGAGGCUCUUCUUGACUAACUGGCUGCUGGUGAUAGCCAUGGCCUAUGAGGUGAGGACCUCUGUGUCAGAUGGAUGGAUCAACACAACCCUGCUGUCCCCAAAGGUCUGAGGUCCUGCCCCCAAGCCCAGGAAACUCCAUUGGGGGCCACCUGCUCCAUCCACCUCCUUGCUGCUGUGGUGAACCCACAGCCCCUUUGCAGUCACCAGCACCCACCGACAGACACAGCAAGCAGAACCCACCAGGGCCACCGAAGACCCCAAAACAGGAGACCCUGAGGGGUUUAAUAUCCUAGUCCACACAUGGGACCACCACCCCAGGUACCUGGGGGACAGUGAGACAGAUGCAGAGGACCAGCAGCCUUGUGGUGAGCGCUGGCUGUUUGAUUUCUUUUCUGAGACACCCAGGAUCCAUUUGACAACUGGCCCAGAGCAACAGUGCCCACCACCCACCAGCAAAUCAUGCAGUUAUAAACACAGAGACAGUGGAUGGUCUCUGCAGUGACACAAGGCCCGGUGAGCCUGGGCUGGGGAUUUUUAUGUGAAAUAAAUAAAUUAUAAUGCAGAGGGA